AUGACGCCCAGCGUGAGCCUCGCUAAAUCUCGCGCCCAGUCCUCACGUCUCCCGAACACGGGGUCGCGACUAUAUGCGAACAGGCUCGUCGCAACCCUCGGAUCAAGAUCCAUCACACGCCGCCUCAACAGGAAGACCAUACUGGACGUGGACGUUCCCAAAGCUUGCAAUGUGAUUAUGGAUCCGCAGGCUCCCAUGGCCCUCCGCCUCCAGGGAAACCUCCUGUACGGCGUCUCGCGCGUCUACAGCCAGCAAUGUGGAUACACGCUCACCGACGUGCAAUCCAUGCACGACCGCAUGAAGACCAUGCUGCGUAUCCUGCCCGGGGGCGCGCUCGACCCGAUGGCAGGGAAGAUCCGCCCAGACCAGCUCAUCCUCCCCUACGAUCCGUCCUUCACCCCCGAAAACGACCUCCCGGGCCUGGACAUCGAUCUCGCCAAACUCACUCUUCUCGCAGAACCCACUUCUACUGAAUUUGCGUGGCCCGUAACCCCAGACCUGAGCCAAUCGGUCCUCUCGCAGAACCCAAGUCUCCAACUUAGCUUCGGGUCUGGAGCAGAGGACAUCGUCAUGGCGGACGUCGGGGGUUCCGAGCCCAGCUCGGUGCACUUUGACUUCAACCGUCUUGAUACUUCUGCGCUGCAUGAGGAAGAAGAGGAGGGUGUGCUGUUGCAGCCGGAUUUCGAGUUCGACGAGGAUGGGAAUAUCAUCGAGUUUAGUGGCCACCGGAGGACGUUUCUGCCGCGCUUUGAGACGCCACUUGUUGCGCGGGAGAGUGAUGAACUCACGCUGGAGUAUCAGGAAAUGCCCAUCGACGACAUGCCUCCUGGAUCCCGAGAAAACACACCCACGCCUCACUCUCGACCCGCGAGCAAAGACGCCUCGGACAAGUCCCCAGCCGCGAAUGUAGCCGAGCGCAGCGCAACUGUCCCGCAAAGGCGCAGGAAGCACAAAACCGUCGUGGUGUUUGACGAGCAAACCGCGCUGCGGAAUUCAGAGCUUGCACAGAUGAACGGCGAGUACGUGCAGAACAUGGCCACCGCGUCUCGACAGAAGAAGCAGAACCGACGACAGACACAGGCGAAGAAGAAUGCGGCCUUCUGGGUGUUUGGACGGGGCAUCGGCGCGGUGGGCGUGGGUGUUGGCGCUUCGCGGGUGGCGCAUCCUCUUGUUGGGUUCUCCGGACAGGAGUUGAUUAACCUGGUCCGUCCGGAGGGUAAGAACAGGCAGAACGGAUGCAAGCGCGGUCGUGAUGCGGAGGGCUACAGCGACACUGAGUCUGGUUCUGAGGGACGGCGCGUGCGUGCGCGAGAGGAGGUUGAGGAGCAGAUUGGUCGUGGGGACGGUCUGCAGAAGAAUGAUGUCUGGAGUGAGGAGGUCGAGUUCGGUCGCCAUGCAUCGUCCGCCCUGCGGGACGACUCCUCCCAGAUGCCCUGGAACAUCACUGCCUCCGUGCAGAGCUCCCGCCACGGAUCUUCCGCCGCGAAUCUCUUCCGUGGAGUUGGUAGCUCCUCGUGGGGCAUGCCGGACUCGGCGGGCUUGGGGCGCCCACGGAGCCGUCUCACCAGCGCGAGUCCACUGGCCGGCCGCGGGUUCCCCUUCGACGUCGAGGGCCUGGAUAGUCUCGCCAUUCCAGGCGCCCAAGGCGAUGAUAUCGACGUGCUGGGCGAUUUCGGUCUGAACCAGUAUCUUCAGACGGGGCUGUACGUGGACGACUGUGGCGGCGAGAGAGCUACAGCCCCAGAGGGAGGCGCAGCUGGGUGGAAGGGGUCGGCUGCUCUGGCGAAGAAGCUCGAAAACGCGACUCUAGACCAGGACAGCCAGAAUUUCUUGCGGUUCUUGAUUGACAAGCUUCCGGCCGCUGAAGAUAACAUCGCCGAAGACACCAAUGAUCCCUUGACUGGGGUUCCUCCCAUUCACGCGCUUGCUCGGUCCAAGGAGACCUCUUUCUGGGAUCUUCUCCCGCCGAAGGAUACGUCCCGUGCGGUGGCUACCCAUGGCCUGAUGCAUAUAUUGGCGCUGGCAACGAAGGGAUUUCUUACGGUGCGGCAAGACGCGUAUGAGGACCUCAGCAAUGAGGAUGGCGUUCGGUAUGAAUAUGGGGAGAUCUUUGUGCGCUUGGCGGAGGUGUAA